AAUGAUAGGACUCUUAAAGAAUAGCGGUGGAGUAGUGAAAGCAGAACCAGAGAACAGCCGAGAGUUACCAGAUCCAGACCCUGGAGGACAUGAGGAACCAGAGAACAGCAUCGAGAAAGCAGACCUAGAUCCAGGCUUUUUGAACUUUCUCUCCAAACUUGGGCUGGAGAAAUUUUAUCCCAACAAACUCACUCUUCGGUCUUUCUUGGAGAUCAACAAAAACAGCAUAUCUGAUGAAACUGCCCAGUCAGUAGGGGAAAUGCCAUGGUGUUUUUUAAAAAAACUAUUUAAUAUCAAUGCAGAAUGUAGGAACUGUGCACAGUUAUCAAACAAUGAAAAUGGUGGUGAUGUUGAUGAUGAAGCUGAAAAUAAUGAUUGGCCUGAUGCUGACAUAUACACUGCAGAUGAUUUUGAAGACACAAAGAUUAACCCUCUAGACCUCAUAGUAGCUCUCUUCCUUUGUGCUGACAGCUUCUUGCAACAGGAGAUUACCCUCAAAAUGUCAAUGUGCCAGUUUCCUGUCCCACUGCUGUUGCCCCAUGGCAAUAACAGUCAGUGUACCCUGAUGCUGUGGGCUCUGAGAGACAUCGUCAAAGAGUGGCGUCCACAUGAUUUGUCUGAAUCAAGAGGGUUUGUUGAAGAAAACAUUGUCCAAGCAAAUAUACCAUUCUAUUCCUUUGUGAGGCUGAAGAACUGCAGUUUAUCCAAAUCCCAGUUUCUGAAUCAUGUUCUCAGCCGUGGCCAACAAAAUAACAAUAUCUUCAUACACAGAUAUGUGGAAGGGGGAGGAGUUAAAAGAAAAAUAGCCAAUGGAUUAGUAGAAGCUUGUUGGUACCUUCCUUGUGGUACAGAAGAUCUUGACAUUUUUCCAGAGCCAGCAGCCUUUGCCAAUCUCAGAGGAGACAUUGGUCAGUCACUCACACAAUUCACCUUUCUUCUUGAAGUAUCAACUGCUACCUUUGUGUUCCUGGACAAAGUUGAAGAAAAUGAGCACAAGAUUCUGACAUCUCUUCAAGAUGUGAAAUCCAAACUCUUCUUAGUUGUUAAUAACAAGAAAGGCAGCACUAGAGAGGAAAUGAUGUCUGUCAAGACAGAGUUAAAUUUACCAAAGACCAGAGUAAAAACCAAACACUCAAGACGAAACUAUAAGAAACAAGAACUGCCUUUGCAGGGAGAAAACUGGAAAAGGCUAUCACAGAUAGAAAAGGAGGAGUGUAGAUUGAAGAAAUCUGGUGACUCAAGCCUUGAAGAGCACAAAUCUCAGCUACAGGAAGAAAAAAGACGAAUAAGGGAGGAGCAAAGAAAAUACGAACUGUCCAAAGGAAUUAAGACUUUUAUUGAGUACUUAUCUUCAAGUAACAAAGAAAAAAGAGAUUUUUUUCUUAAGUGGAUGAAACUCAAGCUUGAUGCAAAUUCAUGCAGCAUACUGUCUGUGUUACGUAGCAAAUUCAAAGAGCAAUGCGAGAAGAAAGAUGUAAAACUUGUGGCAGAAUUAGAUCAAGCUUUGCUGGAUAGCUCUUUAGGAAUAGAGCAUUACAUGAGAGAAAUGGGACUGAUCUAUGAGUUCUCCAUUAUCAACUCAUCAAAAACUGCUAAUAAAGUGUCUCAUCUUCCUGGUUUGGCUGCUGAAAUGCUGUUGGAUGGAUAUCCUUUAGAACUCUUGGAUGGAGAUGCUUCCAAUGUCCCAGAGAGAUGGGUGACAGAUGUGCUGAUGGAGCUUCACAGGAAGGUUGAGAAGCAGAGUAGAUUGUUGGUACUGACUGUGUUGGGUGUUUAAAGUACCGGGAAGUCAACACUCCUCAACACCAUGUUUGGUGUGCAGUUUCCUGUCAGCAGCGGCAGAUGCACAAGAGGAGCUUAUAUGCUCUUCCUUAAAGUUGGAGAGGAUUUGAAAAGUGACUUAAAUUGUGACUUUGUUGUCCUCAUUGACACAGAGGGUCUGAAGUCUCCUGAUCUUGCACAACUAGAGGACAGUUAUGAACAUGACAACCAGCUGGCAACUUUUGUCAUUGGCUUAAGUGAUGUCACCAUUAUUAACAUUGCAAUGGAAAACUCGACUGAAAUGAAAGAUGUCCUGCAAAUCACAGCUCACGCAUUCUUAAGAAUGAAGCAAAUUGGUAAAAAAACAGUUUGUCAUUUUGUUCACCAGAAUGUUGCUGGAGUUUCAGCUCAUGCAAAGAGCAUGCCUGAAAGAAAACAUCUCUUGGACCAACUCAAUGAAAUGACUCAAAUUGCAGCUGAAAUGGAAAGGCAGCCUUCUAUAAAAGCAUUCACAAAUGUGCUGGACUAUGACAUAGAAAAGAACAACUGGAACAUCCCAGGACUCUGGCAUGGAACCCCACCAAUGGCACCAGUGAACAUUGGUUACAGUGUAGCUGUGGCAAAUUUCAAACAAAAUCUUUUGGAUGCAGUGAAAAGUGACAGAACUAAUGAAGUCUCAAAGAUACCAGAGUUUCUAGAAUGGAUGAAAAGUCUCUGAAAAGCAGUCAAAUAUGAGAACUUCAUCUUUAGUUUCAGAAACACCCUUGUGGCUCAUGCCUAUGACAACUUGUGCAAAGAAUUCAAUCAAUGGGAAUGGGACUUUAGAAAAGAGAUUCUCUCCUGGCAGAAUAAAGCAGAGUUAGAAAUCUUAAAUGCUGACAAUGAAGCUGAGAUGGAAACUUGGAACAGAUUGGUUGCAUCAAAAAAGUCGGAGGUGUCAGAUAAAAUAACAGACCAACAAAGAAAAAUUAAGGAGAAACUCAGUGACUACUACAGAAAGAAAGACAGACAUGUAAAUCUGAUAGAGAAAUACAAAGUUGACUUCAUCAACAGUAUCAACAGUCUGGCAAAUGAAAUUCAACAUUCUGUGAGUAAUAAACUGGAUUGUGUUCUUGAGCAAAAAAUAAGUUCAAAAAAGGUUCAGGACAUUCAGAGAGAAUACAGAGCUGUGAUUGAAGAGCAGGUCAUGAAGCUCCUGAGUGACUGCAAAGAGUCCACACUGACUGAUGAACAACUGACACAUGAGUUUGAAAAGAUGUGGAAUGGAGCUACUGUAAAUGUGUCUGGCCUGAAAGAGCGAGAUAUUGCAGCAUGUGUCCUCAAUCAGUUGAGAAAGAAUUUCUCAAACCAGAAUGUCAAUAAAGAACUGCAGAACAUUGGAGACCUAACAGAUAUCGGGAAGGAUCAAUUUAAAACCACAAGAGACCAUGUAGACUCCUAUAUGAAGAAGUUUCAAUAUUGGUUUAGUGGAGAUUUGCAGAGCUUUGCAGACAGUGUCAUUGACACUUCCACAAAGUUUGUUCUUGAUAAAACAAAGGCAAAUGGAGAUUAUCAUGACUCCUUCACAAGGGAUACUGAAAAAAUAGAUGAAUCCCUUCAACAAAACUACAGGCAUUACAAAACAAAUUCACAGUUUGAGAUUGAGCUGAAACUUCACAUUUGUGGCAUUGCCUCAAGAGAGUCUCUCAAAAUGCACAAAAAAUUCUUGUCAGAGAAUGAUCCUCAAACUCAGUUAGAGAAGUACAAGACUCAGUACCUGUCAGAUUUUCUUGACUUAUACAAACAAAGAGAUGAUUGCCAACGAAAAGCAACUGCUUUUGUCCAAUUGUGUAUCAAACCUGCUGUAGAAGAGUAUAUCAGUAGGUCUCUGGGAGUAGAUAUUGUGGAUGAAAUUUUGACAAGUUGCCAUUCAGCAGAGUACAGCUCACGUUCAUUUUUCCAGUACAACAUCCAGAAAGAGCUGCUGAAAAAGGAAGACUUUGAGAGUUUUGUCAAGUACAUUGGUAACUAUGAAAUAUAUGUGAAAGAUUGGAUAUUUCAGCACAUCCUGAAAAUGUCAGAGGACAAAACUUUGUGCAAACUGAAGAAUAUGAAUCUGAACGUAAUAGUUAAAAAAAUAGCAGAGGCAAUAGAACAGGCCUCAAAAGGAGAGGAUGGCGUUCUGCUGCCAGACAACAAGGAGAGCAUCACAGAGCUCAUCAGCAACAUGCGCAAAUAUUUGACUAAAGACAUCUCACUUUCAGUGGAGGAUGAAAAAACCACCUUGUUCCAAAUCCAAAGUCCAUGCCAUCCGUUUAUUAACAGCCUCAAGAUCUCAAUAGAGGACUUAAAAAAAGAACUUCAGUGGGAAUUCACAAACUCCGAGGACAUCACUGAAACAUUAAACAAGCUUCCUAUCAAACCACGGGACGAGCUGUUCAAGCGGGUGUUUGGCUGUGGACAUCAGUGUCCAUUUUGUAAAGUUCCCUGUGAGGCUGGAGGCAAAGAACAUAAGCAACAUCAUGCAGCUAUUCAUCGACCACAAGGUCUUGGUAGGUGCAGGGAUCUAGACACUAAAAAGCUAGUUGAAACACUGUGUACAACUGAUGUUCAUAGUGAAAAAAGAUUCUCAAAUGCAGACACUAAAUGGGAGUGGCAUCCUUACAAGUACUACACCAAGUACUAUCCAGACUGGCUGAUUCCUCCAGACCCCACCAUAGAGGCCUCUGACUACUGGAAAUAUGUCCUAGUACAAUACAAUGACAGAUUUGCUCAAGAAUACAAAGCCAAGCCAGCUGAUGUUCCAGAGGCCUGGAGGAGAAUCACAAAGGAACAAGCACUGAAAGGUCUGAAAGAUGCCUUCAACAUGAAGUGA